CGUUAUAAAUUCAUUCUUUACAUCUAUCAAAAUGGAUAAUAGAAUAGAAUUAUUAUUAGUAGAAUUUAUUGAACACGCUGAAGAUGUUUUUUGCCAUGAUCGUGCACCAAGAAUAAUUUUAAGAGAUGUCGGAAAUCCUUUGGAGUCCUACCGCCAAAAAGAGUUGAUACAACGUUUUCGGUUUGGUCGUGACAUAAUCCAAAAUAUAUUAUUACCAUUGGUUUACCUAAGAGACAUUGCUACAACAAAUCGUGGCUUGCCAAUUCCACCCAUCAUAAAACUUUGUACCGCUCUUCGGUUUUAUGCAAGUGGAAGUUAUCAGAGGAUAUGUGGGGAUUUAGCGCACAUCAGCCAGACAUCCACUUGCCGAAUAAUAAAUGAGGUGUCGGAAUUACUGGCAAGAAAUAUUGGAAAAUAUGUGAAUUUUCCAAGCAGUGAAGCCGAAAAAACCAACCUACGACGAAAAUUUUUCGAAAUUGGAGGUUUUCCUGGAGUUGUAGGGUGUGUUGACGGGACUCACAUAGAAAUUAAAAGUCCGGGAGGUGCCAAUGCCGAAAUAUUUAGAAACAGGAAGGGAUUUAUGUCCUUAAAUGUUCAGGUCGUGGCUGGACCAACUUUGAAAAUCUUUGAUAUUGUUAUAAGAUGGCCUGGGUCUGCACACGAUAGCAGGAUAUUUAAUAGCAGCGCUGUGGCUAUGAAAUUUGAAUCGAAGCUAUUAACUGGAAUAUUGUUGGGCGACAGUGCCUACCAGCAAAAUCAAUUUUUAUAUUCUCCCAUUUUAANUUCCAAAAACGGAACGGAACGGAAAAUACUUACUUUUUACGGCGAUCCAUAUUUUGAAAGAAACUUUCGGUUUUUAUACUUGUUUUUUACAAAUGUCGAUGCGAAACGUACAACGUCAAAUAUUGAAUUUGACAGCUAA